AUGGAUGUCUUGACAGGGACUCUCCCAGAGCAAGUUCUUCACAUAAACACAGAUGAGAUCAAAGCUUCAGUUAAGAAGUGGAGAGGCAAGAAUAUGGCUUUCGAUGCUACUCCAUUUGAGCAAAAAAUGAAGGUUCCUCUGUCCUUCUGGCCUGAGUCUUUCCAGGAUGUUGAAGAUUCACAGAACCACACUGGUGAGCCUGUUGGAGAUGACUACAAGAAAAUGGGAACACUUUUUGGUGAACUGAACAAAAACCUUAUCAACAUGGGCUUCACAAGGAUGUAUUUUGGAGAACGAAUUGUGGAACCAGAUGUUGAAGAUUCACAGAACCACACUGGUGAGCCUGUUGGAGAUGACUACAAGAAAAUGGGAACACUUUUUGGUGAACUGAACAAAAACCUUAUCAACAUGGGCUUCACAAGGAUGUAUUUUGGAGAACGAAUUGUGGAACCAGUAAUAGUCAUUUUCUUUUGGGUUAUGCUGUGGUUCCUUGGCCUGCAAGCCCUUGGACUAGUUUCUGUUCUUUGCCUUGUUAUUAUUUAUGUGCAACAGUAA